AUGGAGGACGCGCGAGUCGACCGACGCUUCGGAGACGACGAGCACACGGGAGACAACCAGCGUCUCGAGCGAGGGCCCCGGCUUGAGGUGGAUUUCUGUAAAAACAGGCUCAAAUCACGCACCGUGGCCGCUGCGUCAGCGGAGAAGGCGACCGGCGGCUUGAGGAGCAGAGUGGCUUGGAUCGAUGACCUGGCAAACAUCAGUCCAUCCAUCGGUCCAUCGAUCCACCCCAUCCGACGGCAGCAAAUCCCCACCCAACCCUUCUCUCUCGCGCGAACCCCACCCAGCCCUCCUCUCUCUCGCGCAAACCCUAGCGCUACACUCCUCCCUUGCCGCCGCCACCUCCGGCACCAGAUCUUGGCUGCCGCGUCUCCCUCCGACCUCGCCGCUGGCGCUCCCCCCUCUCCUCCUCCCUCACCUCCCCUCACCUCCCCUCACCUCACUGGAAGACAAGAUGGAGAUCAUGCGCGCGAGCAGGUUAGGCGGUGGCGGCGGCUCCCAGAUCCGCAAGGGCUUGGACCUGGAGCUCCAUCCCCAUGGCAGCGGCUAGGGUUCCUCCCGCCACACCGCUGGCCAGCAGCAGCAGCAGCAGAUGCCGCCCGCCGCCAUGGCGCCGCGGCAGGCCCCUCUGCAGGGGAUCCGCUCUACGACGAGCUCUGGCACGCCUGCGUCGGCCCGCUUGUCACCGUCCCGCUCGUCAGGGACCUCGUCUUCUACUUCCCGCAGGGCCACAUCGAGCAGGUCGGAUCUGUCGAGUUCUCCCGGUGUUCCCACCCCGGCCCGCCACCACCACCGGUCGCCGGUCGCCGGAGAGGACGCCACCACCACCACCACCAUGGCACCCCCGUGCUGUCUAGAGUCGUCAAGCACCAGAGCAACACCGUUUGUGAAAUUCUCCAGAUGGAGCGCCUGGACCCUGUCUCCAAGCGUGAGGCCAAGAAGGCCAGCCACAAGGCGAAUGUGGAGCGCCGCAUAAAGCCUGCACCCCCAACCAGCGACCAGAAGGAGGCUGAGAAGCGCAGGCUAGAUGAGAGGAAGCAGGAGCGGUACGCCAUCGGGCUUGCCAGGGUGGCCAAGAAACAUGCUGCAAAGUCCGCCAAGACAAUUGCUGAAAAGGAGGACAAGCGCCGGCGUAAGCUUGCCAGAGCAGCGCGUCGGGCUAAUGGUGCUCCUGCAGCCCCCGCUCCUCAGCCUGCAGCUGCAGCUGCAGUUCCCGCCCCGCCAACUCUGUUGUUGGCGCAUAUUGGGGUGCUGUUGCUGGAGUGUAUGUAGGCAUGGAGUAUGGAGUGGAAAGGGUCCGCGGAGAGUAUGGCUGGAUGCGGCAGCUCAAGGGCAAGGUCGACAUCUUCUCCAGGGCCGACGGAUCGGCGCUGUUCGAGAUGGGCAACACCAGGGUCAUCGCCGCCGUCUACGGCCCCUGAGAGGUAUUCGCUUUUUCUUUGCACACCAACUCUUCUAUUCGAUGCCAUGGCUGUUAGGGCUUUGGCUCCCGGGAGGUCUCUAGUUAAUGAUCGGUAUUGAGAGAUUUUGGUGGUUACUUAUGCUUAUUGUGUAUCACAUUGAAAAAGAAAAUGCACAAUGAGCUUACCUUUGUAUAUCAGGAUUUUUUCUUCAUCGGUUACCCUUCCUUUAGCUGUAGUUUAUUUUUGUACAGAAACCAAUCUUGGUGUUCUUCCUAUUUGCAUUUGAUUAUGUUUCUAAAAUUCCCUAGCAGAACUAUAUAUAACAAUGUGGGUAUGUGUUUUCUUCUUUCAGUGUCUAUAGUGCAUUUGCAUGAUGUUGAAUUAUGUACUACAGAAUAUACAUUAGCUGAAUUAAACUUUUUUUUCCUUCGCCUAAUCAAAUGCCCUUUGUUUUAAAGUAUGCAUACCCAGGUCAAGCUUGCGGUCAUGGUGAAGGUGCUGAUCUGGGUUUCCUUCUUUAGAAGUAAAAUGUUUGCUUCCUACUUUCUUUAGGGUAGUGCUUUCUAAUCAAGUUCUUGAACACAGGAGUUAUGUAUACAAAUCAUGUGCUAUUUAUACACUGAUAGCCAUUUUCUUGUCUACUUAGCAGAAUCAUGUCUUUGUGUACUAAACAUUAGUUACUGGUAUUUGGCUUCUAUGUGCUAAUUAAACCUGAUCAGUAUGUAUACUUGUUUGAUGUUGUAUAAUAUUGGUGUCAAAGGAGUUAAUUUAAACCGGAUAUGAUCUACUGGAACAAUUUUUUUGCUGUUCGAAUGGUUAAAUUCUGGUUCUUUGUUUCAAACAUCUAAAUGAUAUUUAAUUUGUCCUUCUAUGCUUACAUGAUAAAAAUGUCGCAUUUAUAGGAUUGUAAACCUGAUGUGAAUGGAGUAGUAUUUACUUGCUGCUGAUAGUAACUACUUGUAUCCACUGAUUUCUAUGCCUCAUUUUGCUUGUUUUACUUUAUUUAUGCACACAGACUGCCUACAAGUUAAUGUGCUUUUAGAUUUGCCUUUAUUUUGCUCCUUACCAUAUUGUUUGAUAACUUGCAGAUGCUGUACUUCAUUCGUGUUUCGUCGUGGGCUCCAAGAAGUGAAGAAGCAUUGAGUUCUAGCUCAUUGGAGCUAGUUAUACUCUGAUAGAUAGUUAUAUUUUGAUAUUUAGUUGUGUUCUUGGUGGCUGUAAACCUGAUGUGAAGUAUGUUCGAUUAUAAACGUGGUGUAUGUUUGAUUCUAAGGUGCCAAAUUUGGUUGUUGAAGUAUAACUUCUGUUUUCAGUCAGUUCUGAUUUAAA